CUAACCGGCUCGUUGAACUGAAACGACUGCGACCUUCGCGUCCACAAAAUGUCCACACAGCAGCGGUCAUAAAAAAGAAAAAGCCAUUAAAUAGCGCCAUUUUUGACGUCAGCACACCGAUUUAUUUUUUGAAAACGAGUGGAGAUAAAGAGCAAAGUGAAGGAUCAGCCACACAUCAACUCAUCAGAGCGCCGGAUGAUGGAAUUCAGUUUGACUGGCUGUGCGCUGUAAGGAGCAAUAAACUGAGCAGAGAACUGAAGAGGCGAGAAGUUUUAACCCUGAAACGAUAAAGACUGCAUCUGAGAGCAUGGCUUGGCAAGGCAUCCCCUGGCUUCUGAUGUCGUUUAUGUUGAGCGUAACUACUGCGGGUGCAGGAGAUCCUAAAGCUGAGCCGACGACAGACUUCUCUCUUGCUCCUGCUAUGGGGGUGAUGGAGGGGGAGAGACAGAUCAUGACCGAGUCUCAGUAUAAAUGCCUGGAGUUGUUGAGCAGAGACGGGCAGCGCAAUAAAACAGAUUCCCACUGCAGCAGGUUCUGGGACGGCUGGCUGUGUUGGGAUGAAACUCCCGCUGGGACGUACGUUUCUCAGAGCUGUCCUGACUUCCCCACUUUCGACACCUCAGAAAAAAUAACCAAAUAUUGUGAUGAAUCUGGUAAUUGGGCACACAGUGUCUCUGUUAAUAACACCUGGUCCAACUGUCUCAGACCAUCUAAGGACAAAUCAAAGAAGGGCUCAGCUCAUGGUGUCUUGGAUGCAGAGGCAGAUUCCACAGUGGAGACUCUGGUUAGUCCUGUGGUCACUCAAAAAGCGGAGGAGAGGAAGAAAAUCAUUGACGGCCAAUAUAAAUGCUUUGAGAAAAUGAACAGGGACCUGCCAUAUAACAGAUCAGGUCCAUACUGUAACAGGACAUGGGAUGGCUGGCUGUGUUGGGACGACACACCUGCAGGAACAUACACGUCUCAAAACUGCCCCAACUACUUCCCUGACUUUGACCCCACAGAAAAAGCCACAAAGUACUGCGAUGAGACUGGAAACUGGUUCCGACACCCCGAGACAAACAGGACCUGGUCCAACUACACCCUCUGCAUUGCCUACACUAAAGACAAGUUAAAGAUGGCGUACAUUCUGUACUACAUGGCCAUUGUUGGUCACGCUUUGUCCAUUGCAUCCCUCCUCAUCUCUUUGGCCAUAUUCUUUUAUUUCAGGAGUCUAAGCUGCCAAAGGAUCACCUUGCACAAGAAUCUUUUCUGCUCCUAUGUGCUCAACUCAGCCUUCACGAUUAUCAACCUCAUAUUUGUGGUCAACAACCCCAAAGUGGUGGAGAGGAACCCGGUUGGCUGCAAGGUGCUGCACUUCUUCCACAUGUACAUGCUGGGCUGUAACUAUUUCUGGAUGCUGUGUGAGGGGAUCUAUCUGCACACUCUCAUCGUGGUGGCUGUGUUUGCUGAGGAGCAGCACCUUCACUGGUAUUACCUGUUGGGCUGGGGAUUUCCUCUGGUGCCUGCCUCCAUCCAUGCUGUGGCAAGGAAGAAGUACUUUGAUGACAACUGCUGGAUGAGUGUGGAGACCCAUCUGCUGUAUGUGGUUCACGGCCCCAUCGUGGCAGCUUUAUUAGUGAAUCUGUUCUUUCUGCUGAACAUUGUGCGGGUUUUGGUGACUAAGCUGAGGGACACCCACCGGGCGGAGUCCAACAUGUAUAUGAAAGCAGUGCGAGCCACCCUCAUUCUCGUGCCCUUAUUAGGCAUCCAGUUUGUCAUUUUUCCCUGGAGGCCAGAAAACCGUUUAGCUGGGGAAAUAUAUGACUAUAUAAUGCACAUAUUACUGCAUUACCAGGGCUUGCUGGUGGCAACAAUAUUCUGCUUUUUCAAUGGAGAGGUUCAGGCCACUCUGAAGAGGCAGUGGAUGCAGUAUAAGGUGCAGUGGGGUCAGCGGCGUCGUGAGCAUUGUUCCAUGCGUUCCACCUCAUACACCACCACCUCCAUCACAGAGGUGCCUGCCUUCAUGUUCCAUCACGACUGCAACAGCGAACACUUGAAUGGUAGGCAUGCAGACGACUCUGAGCUUGUGGCACUCAAGGCCAGGGAGACCUACGCCUGAGGCACCAAACAUCAGAGAUACGCUUGUGAGUGCCAUAAGAGAGAAGAGAUG